AGGUAGAGCUGCCCUGCGGCGGGCCGCGGACGGCCGGGAUGAGGUGCUGCGGCCUCUACGAAUUCGGUAAUUUCCGGUCUCGGGCUCCUGCGACCGCCGGCUACCCGCCCCACGGCCCUUGGUUCGGGGGCGCUCCACGGGGCGCCCUCCGGUUCCUUUCCCGGCUCAGGCCUGCCCCUCCCCCCGUACUUUGCAGACGCGGCCCGCGGCCCCCGGAGGCUUAUGCGCGUGGGCCUCGCACUGAUCCUGGUGGGUCACGUGAACCUGCUCCUGGGGGCCGUGCUGCACGGCACAGUCCUGCGACACGUAGCCAAUCCCCGCGGCGCCGUCACUCCGGAGUACACCACGGCCAAUGUCAUCUCCGUGGGCUCGGGGCUGCUGAGUGUUUCCGUGGGACUUGUGGCCCUCUUGGCAUCCAGGAACCUUCUGCGCCCACCACUGGACUGCUGGAUCCUUUGCUACCAUUGGACCAGGGGCCUGGACAGUCUGACUGCCCGUUUGACCCCACAAGAAUCUAUGAUACAGCCUUGGCUCUCUGGAUCCCUUCUUUGCUCAUGUCUGCAGUGGAGGCGGCCCUGUCUGGUUACUGCUGUGUGGCUGCCCUCACCCUACGUGGGGUUGGGCCCUGCAGGAAGGAAGGGCUUCAGGAGCAGCUAGAGGAACUGACAGAGCUUGAACUUCCCAAGUGUGAAAGACAGGAAAAUGAGCAGCUACUGGAUCAAAAUCAAGAAAUGCAGGCAUCACAGAAAAGCUGGGCUGAGGACAGGUGCUGAUCCGGAGGCUCAGUUCACAAUGGUGACAUAAACCCCAAGAUGACGUAAACAGUUGUAAUAAAAGUACUAAAACUUGAUGAUGAUUUCCUUUGGGGGGGGGGGAAGGGCACGAAGCUGAUGUUGGGAAUGACUUUGAUCAAAGAACACAGUGGUCUCCAU